AUCGACUAUAUAGUAGACAACAAAUAACUUCACUAACAAAGUUUUCUUAUGUUUUUUUGCUAAAAAUAAGAAAACAAUGUUAAGUUACUGAUUUUGUUUCUCACACGGAAAUUAAGGAAUCUCGUAUAACUAAAACAUUCUACCGCUCCUAGGAAAGUAAAAUAACCUAAGGAAUUAAUUAAAGGAUAGAAAUGACAAAGAUCAUAGAAAAGUUUCCGUACCAUAUUGGAAAAGAAAUUGGAACUGGCGCUUUUGCAUCUGUUCGUAUUUGUUAUGAUGACAACGCAAAAAUCUACGCCGUAAAGUUUAUAAAUAAAAAAUUUGCAACAAAAUGCAUGGGUUCCAAUGUUUGGGCACGUAGAAUGGCUAGUGAAGUCCAACUACAUCGUCUGUGUAAUGGUCACAAAAAUAUAAUUCACUUCUAUGACACGGCAGAGAACUCACAUUGGCGUUGGGUUACUCUUGAAUUUGCCCAAGGCGGAGACUUAUUUGACAAAAUUGAGCCCGAGGUAGGGAUUGAUGAAGAUGUCGCGCAGUUUUAUUUUGCUCAGCUAAUGGAAGGAAUAUCUUUUAUGCACUCAAAAGGUGUUGCUCAUAGAGACUUAAAACCUGAAAAUAUUUUGCUGGAUUAUAAUGGCAACUUAAAAUUAUCGGAUUUUGGUUUUGCAUCUCUCUACGCUUACAAAGGUAAAACUAGACUUUUAAAUAGUCCAGUUGGAAGCCCACCAUACGCUGCACCAGAGAUUACAGGGCAAUAUGAUGGUGCAAAGGUCGAUAUAUGGUCUUGUGGAAUAAUACUCUUCGCUCUUUUGUCUGGUAAUACUCCAUGGGAUGAAGCUAUUAGUAAUACAGGAGAUUACUUAAUUUACAGGAAACAAGGUGAACGGCCGUCUUCUUAUCCGUGGAAUCGUUUGUCACCGGGCGCAUAUUCUAUUAUCACUGGAAUGUUACGCAGUGACCCAUCAAAGAGGUUCUCUAUAAGGCGUAUCUUACAGCAUCCAUGGCUUACUUCUAAUACUUCCUUCCGUACUGAUAAUGGAAAUUGUUCUGAUCCUGUUGCUCUCGCUUCAAGGCUAAUGUUAAAGCUGCACAUUGAUUUAGAUAAGCCCCGUUCAUCUUUGACAGAUACUUCGACGUAUGGGAAUAUCUCUAUGACACAACCUACAACAAAAGUGUCAGAGUCUGACAUACAUAACCAUACUGCUAUAUAUGGUUAUCUGUCUCAGCCAGUUCAGGUGAAUGAAGAGGUUGAUGUCACGGAACUUAUGGAGAAGGAUCCUUCGCUGAGUCAGUUCAGCAAUACGAACGGUUUUAUUGAACGACUUGCUGGAAAAGCUAAAAACUUUUAUGAAAUUUGUCCUCCGGAACGUUUAACAAGGUUUUACUCGAAGGCUUCAAAACAGUAUAUAAUCGAUCGACUUUAUGAUACUCUACGUUUGUUAGCGGUUUCUUUGACAACAAAGCAUACAAGUGGGCAAAGUACGCUAUAUGUUAAGCUUCAUGAUAAAAGAAAAUGUUUGUUACAGGGUGAAAUAGAAUUGAAAACACUCGGUCAUAAUUUGGAAUUAGUGAAUUUCAUAAAAAGUAGCGGAGACCCAUUAGAGUGGAGAAAUUUUUUCAAGAAUGUAGUAAGUUCACUUGGAAAACCUAUUGUCUUGACAGACAUUACUUCUUGAAAACUUAAUAUACUUCGAAGAUUGCAUUAUGCAUAUAAUUUCUUUUAUUAUAAUAUAAUAUUUAGAGAAAUGAUAACUCCAUUUGUUCAAAAGGAUUAAAUAUUAGAUGAUUCGG